AUGCGAAGAUUCCAUGAUGAUGAAGAUGAGACUGGGAGUCAGGUGUCGAGCACAAUAAACCUUGAGGAUCUGGAGGUUCAAAGACAGUCAAAUCGAGAUCGCGCAUCUCAAACUUGGUGGAGCAGGUUCGGUUGUUGCAGACGAAGACGCGAAGAAACAGAUGCCGAGAGAAGGGCACGGAGGAUACGAUGGUAUCGCGGGUGUGGUAUCAGUGUUGUUGUCCUAACAAUCUUUGGUACUAUCGCGGCAGGUGUUUACAUAGCCUUUGUGUCCGUACUGUUACGGCGACUCGCUCCUUCUCUUAGGCAAAACGGCCUCCAGCAUAUCGUCGAUACCUGGGAAGAACCAAAUGCAGGCGUAGCUUUCCAAUACGAAUGGAGGGAUGACUUCAGCCGCGAUAUCGUACCGAAGAACUGCCACUCCCACAAUGACUACUGGCGCGCUGUACCUUUGUAUGCGGCGCUGGCAGUAGGUUGUACCAGCAUCGAAGCAGAUAUCUGGCUGACCGAGGAUGACGAGCUACUAGUCAGUCACUCCUGGGAGUCUACAACCAAGGAGCGGACGAUAAAGAGCCUAUACCUCGACCCGUUGGCAAACAUUCUCGAGCAAAGAAAUGCAACAGCAGCAGACUCGCAAGACAAGAAGACGGGGAUCUUCGACAUGGACCCAACCACAACGACAGUCCUACUCAUCGACUUCAAAUCCGACGGCGCAGCAACAUGGCCAGUCCUACUCUCCCAACUCGCUCCACUCCGCGAGAAGAACUGGUUAACCUACUACGACGGUGAGACUCUCCAUCAAGGACCCCUCACCAUCGUCGGCACGGGAAAUACUCCCUUUGACCUCAUCCAAGCCGCCGCAACGGACCGCUACAUCUUCUUCGAUGCACCCCUCCUCUCCGUCUCAAAUGAUUACAACACUACGAACUCUUACUAUGCAUCUUCUGCCCUCAGCAGCGCAGUGGGCAAGGUAUGGUUUGCGACCAUGUCAUCAGGACAGAUCGAGAGGGUCAAAGAGCAGGUCGAAGCAGCGGAUGCAAAGGGCCUGAAGAGUAGGUAUUGGGGCACUCCAAGUUGGCCGAUUGGCAGACGAGAUGAGGCGUGGAAGGUGCUGAUGGGUGCCGGUGUUGGGGUGCUAAAUGUGGAUGACUUGGUUAGUGCGACGAUGUGGAAUUGGGGGUGGUGUGUUGUUGCCGGUAUUGCGCUUUGUGGGAACAGCUAG